CUUGUUACUUGUGUCAAAGUUUUUUGAGCACCACCCGUUCAGCCAGGAGGAGGUCUCCUCAGAAGGAACCACCCCCGUGUCAGAGCUCUGCCCGUCCCUCCCCACGUCCGACUCCACCAGGUCUAUGUCCCACACCAGUAUGUCCCACACCAGUAUGUCCCCGUCCAAGUCCAUCCCCAUUCCAACUAGUUUCAGACCCAACGAGGAAGAUCACCGUAACCAGUUUGGCCAGCGGGACCGUUCGUCCUCUGCCCCCAACGUCCAUAUCAACACCAUCGAGCCUGUCAACAUCGACGACCUUAUUCGAGAUCGGGGCUUGCAGAGGUCUGAUGGAGGCUCCACCACCGGGCUCUCGGCCACCCCUCCUGCGUCUCUACCAGGAUCACUGACCAACGUCAAAGUCCCACAGAAGUCACCGUGCCAGCAGAGGGAGCGCAAGUCGUCCUCUUCAUCUGAGGAUCGCAAUAAAAUGAAAACUCUGGGGAGACGCGACUCCAGUGACGACUGGGAGAUUCCCGAGGGUCAGAUCACCCUGGGUCAGAGGAUCGGCUCGGGAUCAUUUGGAACAGUUUUCAAAGGAAAGUGGCACGGCGAUGUGGCUGUGAAGAUGCUGAACGUCACCGCCCCCACACCUCAACAGCUUCAAGCCUUCAAGAAUGAAGUGGGGGUCCUCAGGAAAACCCGUCACGUGAACAUCCUGCUGUUUAUGGGCUACACCACCAAGCCCCAGCUGGCCAUCGUCACCCAGUGGUGUGAGGGCUCCAGUCUCUAUCACCACCUGCACAUCAUCGAGACCAAGUUUGAGAUGAUCAAACUGAUCGACAUCGCCCGGCAGACGGCUCAGGGCAUGGAUUACCUGCACGCCAAGUCCAUCAUCCACAGAGAUCUGAAGAGCAACAAUAUUUUCCUCCAUGAGGACCUGACGGUGAAGAUCGGGGACUUCGGCCUGGCUACAGUCAAGUCUCGCUGGAGCGGCUCCCACCAGUUCGAGCAGCUGUCCGGCUCCAUCCUUUGGAUGGCUCCAGAAGUGAUCCGGUUGCAGGACAAGAACCCCUACAGCUUCCAGUCCGAUGUCUACGCCUUCGGGAUCGUUCUGUAUGAGCUGAUGUCAGGAGCGCUGCCCUACUCCAACAUCAACAACAGAGACCAGAUCAUUUUUAUGGUAGGUCGGGGUUACCUGUCUCCUGACUUGAGCAAGGUGCGCAGCAACUGUCCAAAGGCCAUGAAGAGGUUGAUGGCGGACUGUCUGAAGAAGAAGCGAGAAGAGCGACCGCUCUUCCCCCAGAUCCUGGCAUCCAUUGAGCUGCUGGCUCGCUCGUUACCCAAAAUUCACCGCAGCGCCUCAGAGCCGUCGUUAAACCGCGCCGGCUUUCAGACAGAGGACUUCAGCCUGUACGCCUGCGCCUCUCCUAAAACCCCUAUCCAGGCCGGAGGCUACGGAGAGUUUUCCUUCAAGUAACGGCAGCCGUUCUCAGCGGUCCGUCCCUCGUC